AUGUCCAAUGUAACUGAACGGCUGCCGGGGGCUGAUUUCUCGACAAUGCAAACUAUCGACCCUGCGCUGGUAUUUCCGAAUACUUCGACAACUACUUCUGAACCCUUAGAUUUUACAGCAAAUCUCGACGCGGCUGCUGAAGUCUGUCCCAUCCCCUCUGGUACCGGUAUCUUCCCUUGGUUUCUUGAUCAACCACCAGGGCACUCCCAGAUAGUCCAUGACAAGAGCGCGUGUAUAAACGAUCCUUCACUGCCUGUCUGCCACGUCCAUGGCAAGCAACCGGAUCAUAAAUUGGAAGUCAACGACCAGGAAUUUGAUAUGCACAAGCGAAAAUUCAAACGCAACAUCAUUGGCUGCAGGAUGGGCUUCAAGCGUCAGGACCACCUCGAGCGCCAUACAAGGAGUCACUCGAAGGAAAAGCCCUAUAUCUGCUGGGUGCCUGGAUGUCACCGUGCCUUUUCACGCCGCGACAACCUCAAAGUCCAUUUUACGAAGACACAUGCGAGACCCGGUGGUCGCAACCGUUAUGUCGCUACCCUCGACGAGACGAGCCCCGACUACGAUCCAGAUUUCCGUGGCCAGCUGUCGUUUGACGGGCGCCCACUCAGAUUUUCAGCACCUACUAGCACCCUAUCUGAAGCUAAGCUUCGGCAACCAUGA